ACCGCGAUCUCCGGUGCUUUUCAGCCCCCCCGAGUCUGACCAAGAUCCGUGGCACCCCCGGGUGUAUUGAGGAGGGGUCCCCCUAUAAGGGGAGGGUCCCCUCAUCUCACAGUGGGGGGUGCCCGCAAUUGGGUGGGGGUCUUAACCCUUUCCCUCAAUUUGGGGGUGUCUCGGUGGGUUCCCCACUCUGUUUCUGCCCACAAGACCCCCCCCCUUAUGCUGCCCCUGGAUGUAUUGGGAGGGUCGUGUGUGUGUGUCCCCCCCCCCCCAUGGUGGAUCCCCCUUUACCUUCUCCCUGGAUUUGGGGGUGUCUGAGGAGGGGUCCCCACUCUGUUUCUGCCCACAAGACCCCCCCCUUAUGCUGGGUGUAUGGGGGGGAUGUCCUCUCAAUGUGAGGGUUCUUCAACCCCCUCCCUCAAUUUGGGGGUGUCUCAGGGGGCUCCCCACCCUGUUUCUGCCCUAUCAUGCUGCCCCUGGAUGUAUUGGGAGGGCCCCCCCCUCCCAUAGUGGGUCCCCCUUUCCCCUCUCCCUGGAUUUGGGGGUGUUAAGGGUCUCCCCACCCUGUUUCUCCCUACAGGACCCCCCCAGGAUGUUUCCCCUGGGUUUCUUGGGGGGAUUCUCCUCAAUGGGGAGGUCUCCCAAGCCUCUCCUUGGAUUUGGGGGUGUCUCAGUGUGGUCCCCACGCCCUCCUUCCCCUUAGGCCCCCCUCUCCUCUUUCCCCUGUCUGUGUUGGAGGGGGAUGUCCCCCAAACCUCUCCUUGGAUUUGAAGGUUCCUUAGGGUGCUCCCCACUCUUUUUUUUUUUUUUUUCCUCCCCACAUGGCCCCCUGAUCAUAUUCCCCUGGGGUGCAGUGGGGAGGGUCCCCAGUGGUGGUGUGUGUCCCCCUCCCAACCUUCUUUUUGGAUUUGGAGAUGCCUCAGGGUGCUCCACAUCCCAUGUCUCCUCACAGGACUUCCCAUCAUGGUGCCCUGGACCUUCUGGGUUCUGCUGCUCCUCUGUUCCACUACCAGGUUUUUCAGCUGCCUGUGCCUUGGAACCCCCCUGGAAGAUCUGGGGACUUCCCAGGAGCUGAGGACCCUCCAAAAGGAGGAGUUGUGGGAGCAUCUGGAUGGGUGGCUGAGCCCAGAGAACCCCUCCAACCCCAGCCUACAGCUCCUGGAUGAGACCCUCACCACCGGUGGGCAGCUCCGGGUGGCUCAGCUGAUGGAGGACAUCAUCCAAUGGAUGGGCAACAUGAGCAGAUGUGGAGCUGUGGAGCUCCAGGCAGGACACUGGGUUGUCCCUCCCAGCCACCACCAGGCAGAGGAAAAAGCUUGGGAUGUCCAUUCCCAACGAGAGUCCAACACCUCUCUUCUCCUGGCCCAGCAGCACUGGAUGGAGAAGAUGAUGGAGAAACUGCAGAAGGUCAACCAGAGCCUGGGGCUGCUGCUGGUAGCCAUGGAGGGUGCACGGAGCCAGCUGGAGAACCAUCUACAGGAGCUUCACAGUGUCCUUGAGCCAUCUGGCUGGAGCCCAAGUGCCAUCUCCACCUGCAUCCUACAUGGCUUUGGGGUGCUGGUUGGGUUCCUGGUGCCCACACCACCCCGUGCUGUCCUCCUCCUCCUCCUUGCCUUCAGCACCCUUGGUGACCUCCUUGGCAUCCAGGCACUCACCACUUCCCUGCUCCUCUCCAUGGCAGGACAGUGUCUGGUGACUGCCACCCGCUGUGGUGCUCGGAGAGCCUGGCCAGUGUCACCCUGUCACCAACUCACCUCCACCCCAGAGAGGGGACACGAAAUGGAGCUGUUGCAGGAGGAGCUGGACAGGAUGGGAAUAAGCUGCCUGCAAGAGCUCUCAUGCCUGGAGGAGCACCCAGGGGUGGCAAGGGACCACCCUGGCUUAGCAGGGAAGGUGUCACCCACCCCCAGUGGCUGGAGGACAAACAUGACCUUGUGUGGGGUGAAGCCACAGCUGACCUUGGGAACCAGAAAGAGUUGGGAGACCAAACCCUACAACCCAAAGCAGUCCAUGACCAGCGAUGUGUCCUUGAUGUCCCCACGGUCCCCAUGCCAGGGGCUCACCAAAGCUGGGCAGAGGUGCAGGAAGAAAGCCAUCCCUGGGCAGGACUUCUGUCAUGUCCAUGCCACCACUCAAAGCUCCUGCAUGGAUUCACCACCCCAUCUUUGACCCUCUACCCCCUCCCAGAGGGGUUUUUAACCCUUAUGUGGCUCUUCCAGAUGCUGGGGGAGAACACAUGGUGGCUCAGGACCCUAAGG